AUGAUUAAUAUAGGAGAAAAGGGAUUUUUUAAUAUAUUGACAAAAGGUUUAAACAUUAAAUAGAAUACCAAGAAAAUCUAUGAAAAAGAAAAAGAAAUUAAAGUAUUAAUAAAUAAGUAAAAUAUACAAUUCAUCAAGGUGAUGGAAAGAAUUGAAAGAUUUAACUAUGUGGAGUAAAUGAAUUAGUAAUAGAAUGGAAAACAAGUUUAGAUUGAUAAAUAUUAUAUAUAUAUAAAUAAUAUUAAGAUAAUAUUUUAAUGGGAACUUGUAAAAGUUGCGAAACUCCUUAAGAAGAUAAGAAUUUACAUGCAUUGCCUAGUGAUUCAAGAAGGCCAAAAAGUGUUGAGAUUAUAGCUCCAUUAACAAGAGAAACAGAUGUUACUAGAGAUAAAAGAGGAGCAUUUACUUAUGAAAAUGGAGCAACAUAUACUGGAGAAUGGUACAACAUUAUUUAAUAUUUUGUUUUGGAUUGGUAUAUGUCGUGAUGGUUUUGGUACUUAAGUUUGGCCAGAUGGGGCUUAGUAUGAAGGAUAAUGGAAAGAUGAUAAAGCUUAGGGAAAAGGUAUCUUUAAACAUGCUGAUGGUGAUAUAUGUAAUAUUUUAAAACUAAUAUUAAGAUGAUGGAGAAUGGGAAAAUGAUAAAGCAAAUGGUUAUGGUACCUAUAUUCAUGCUGAUGGUUCUAAAUAUGAAGGUUUAUGGAAGGAUGAUAAAUAACAUGGUUAUGGAACUGAAACUUGGGUAGAUGGAAGUAAAUAUGAGGGAAACUACAAAUAUGGAAUGAAAAAUGGAUCUGGAACCUAUUAUUGGCCAGAUGGAAAAAUUUAUUAGGGUUUGUGGUUAUAAAAUAAAAUGACAGGAUAUGGUGUAUGUCAUUGGAAAGAUGGAAGAUGUUAUAUAGGUGAAUGGUUAGAUAAUAAUAUGCAUGGUCAUGGUAAAUACACUACUCCAGAUGGCAAAUAAUAUGAAGGAGAUUAUUAUUUUGAUAAAAAACAUGGAUUUGGAACUUUCACAUGGCCUGAUGGUAAAAAGUAAUCUAUAAUUUAUAUUAUAAAGGUAUUCUGGAAAUUGGAAAAAGGGUAAAUAACAUGGCAAAGGCAAAAUUAUAGUAGAUAAAAUUGAAAAGCAUGGAAUGUGGGAGGAUGGUAAACGUAUUAGAUGGAUUGAGGAUGAAGAUUGA